AUGGCCGACGUUGAAGAAGGUGUCGGUGCCAGCCCCGCCCCCGAACCUCUGGACCUGGUCCGUCUACUUCUGGAUGAGGUGGUGUUUGUCAAGCUACGGGGCGACAGAGAGCUCAAGGGUCGUUUGCACGCCUACGAUAGCCACAUGAACUUGGUGCUAGGGGAUGUGCUGGAAACUAUAUACGUGGUUGAUGAGGAAGAUGACGAUGAGGAGAUCAAGACGAUCACCAAAAAAUCAGAGAUGCUAUUCGUUCGAGGAACGCAUUCAGGCGACAGCGUUGUGCUUGUUUCGCCCCAUAACUCAUCAUGA